CGGAGACUACUCUGAAAGAAGCAGAACAGGGGAUUCAGGGUUUUACAUCGAAUUCUCUGAGACGAAAUUCCGUCUCUUGCUCUUGUCUAAGCCAUGAGACAUAUCUUCAGAAAAGUUUCGUUGUCUAAAGACAAUGCUUUCAUCCGAUUAGUUGCUUUGGCUACAGCGGGAUCAGGACUCGCCUAUAAACUUGAUAUCGAAGAUUCUGAUAUGUCAAUGCGAGUUUCCCUUCCUUCACUAUCACAUUACACAUUAUCUUCAUGGGUUCUCAACUCUCCAUUUUCUUCCUCAGCUCCUUCAAGACAUGGACACCCCCCUUUAUCUCUUUUUAGUGUUAGCUCAACUUCUGUACCUGGUGUAAAUAAAGAGCCACCCUUUAAAGAGACCAGUGAAUCCCCAAAACCAUGUUGUGGAUGUCUGGGCAGGGAUACAAUUGCAAAUGCAGCUGCUAGAGUUGGCCCAGCUGUUGUCAAUCUUUCAGUUCCAAAAGGUUUCCAAGGGUUAACAGUGGGAAAAAGCAUCGGUUCUGGAACCAUAAUAGAUGAUGAUGGUACCAUAUUGACAUGUGCUCAUGUAGUGGUUGAUUUUCAAGGGUUCACAUCUUCAUCUAAAGGAAAGGUUGAUGUGACAUUACAAGAUGGGAGGACUUUUGAGGGUAUAGUGGUAAAUGCUGAUUUGCAUUCUGAUAUUGCUAUUGUCAAGAUAACAUCUAAAACUCCACUUCCAACUGCAAAGCUUGGAUCUUCAAGCUCCCUUCGUCCUGGUGAUUGGGUAGUAGCCAUGGGCUGCCCCUUAUCCCUUCAAAACACCAUUACAGCUGGCAUCGUAAGUUGUGUUGAUCGUAAGAGUAGUGAUUUGGGACUUGGAGGAAUGCGGAGAGAGUAUUUGCAGACUGACUGUGCCAUCAAUGCGGGUAAUUCUGGUGGGGCCCCUUGUUAA